AAGUGGCGGGCAGUGACAACAUCUGAUCCGGAGGUGUUGGUCUAAGUGUACGGGCAAAGAACAAAAGUUCAUUAGGUUAGCCGUAAUAGGAACUAAUAUUCACAAAGUAGGCAGUUAAUUCAGAGUGUGACCGAUGUUGGAGCUUUAUACUGUCAACCUCUGAGUGCAGCUUUUCGUGUUUUCUGAACGUUGGAGGAAACGUGUGAAGUUGUUCGUUGGACUCUUGCAUCAUGACAAAUGAGGACGUGAAGGUGAUCCCAGUGCGGGUCGCCUUGCGAUGUCGCCCCUUGGUACCGAAAGAAACCAACGAGGGAUGUCAGUGCUGUCUCACGUUUGUGCCUGGAGAGCCGCAGGUGAUUGUUGGCACAGAGAAGGCGUUCACCUACGAUUACGUGUUUGAUCCCACUGCUGAACAAGAGGAAGUCUUCAAUACGGCUGUGUCCCCCUUAUUGUCUGGGCUUUUCAAAGGCUACCAUGCAACAGUCCUCGCGUACGGCCAGACGGGAUCAGGAAAGACCUUCUCCAUGGGAGGAACCUACACAUCAGCUCAAGAGAACGACCCCAUAGUCGGAGUUAUUCCCAGAGUUAUCGGCAGGAUCUUUGAGGAAAGGGAGAGGAGGACAGACUGUGAAUUCUGUCUGGCAGUAUCUUACCUGGAGAUCUACAAUGAAGAUAUAUUGGAUUUGCUGUGUUCAUCUAAAGAUAAACCAGCUCUCAGCAUUCGGGAAGACCCUAAAGAUGGCAUUAAGAUUGUUGGGUUGACUGAGAGGCAGGUGUUCUCUGCCCAUGAGAUGGUGGGCUGUCUGGAGCUGGGGAACUCUGCUCGCACCGUGGGCUCCACGGCGAUGAACGCUGCUUCUUCACGUUCCCAUGCCAUCUUCACCAUCACACUGGAGCAGCGCAGAGGAACAGACAAAGCCGAUUCUGUUGUUUCUAAGCUGCACCUUGUGGAUCUGGCUGGCUCCGAGAGACAAAAGAAGACCAAAGCAGAGGGAGAUCGUUUAAAGGAAGGCAUCAGCAUCAAUCGUGGCCUUUUGUCUUUGGGUAAUGUGAUCAGUGCCCUGGGAGAUGAAAGCAAGAAAAACACUUUUGUUCCUUACAGAGACUCGAAGCUCACCCGCCUGCUGCAAGAUUCUUUGGGAGGCAACAGCCACACUCUGAUGAUCGCUUGCGUCAGCCCUGCCGACUCGAACAUGGAGGAAACCAUCAACACGCUGCGAUACGCUGACAGAGCUCGCAAGAUUAAAAACAAGCCUAUUGUCAACAUUGACCCCAGAGCUGCAGAAAUGAACCGUCUCAAGCAGCAGGUUCAAGAACUGCAGGUGAUGCUGCUUCAUGCCCGUGGAGGAGUAGCUCCGGUGCUCUCUGGGCCAGACUCAGCGGAGAAUGUGACUAAGCUGUUGGAAAGGAACCGCGCUCUGCAGGAUGAGAACAAUAAGCUGAGCAGGGAGCUGAGUGAGGCAGCUGGGCAAACGGCCCUCAUGUUUGAGAAGAUCAUUAUGACUGAACAAGCAAAUGACAAGCUACAAAGCAAACUGGAGCAACUGCGGCAUCAUGCAGCAUGUACAGUUGAUCUGGAGAAAGUGGUGGAGACACUGGAGGACCAGGAGUUAAAGGAAAACAUCGAGGUGAUGAAGAACCUGCAAGACGUCAUCUUGGAGCUUAAGAAUGAGAGCGCUGGCAUCGCCGCCUCCAUCGACGCCAUGGCUGCAGGAGAAGAUGUCCCCGAAGUACCUGGCAGCAAAAAUUCAGCGGAUGAGUCCCCAUCAGAUGACGCUGCCCGGAAAGACUCACCAGAAGCCUUUACAGCCCAUCAUGCACUGCGACAAGCCCAGCUCUCCAAGGAGCUGAUCGAGCUCAACAAAGUGUUGAGUUUGAAGGAAGCUUUUGUGCGAAAAAUGUGCCAGAACGACAGCCAGCUGGAGCCGAUGCAGUCAGAGCACCAGAAAAACGUGCAAACUCUACAAACUGCAGUGGAUUCGCUGCAGAAGGAAAAAGAAGACCUCGUUUUGGCACUUCAGUCUGCAAAGAAAGACACCAACCAGGCCAAGCUCAGUGAGCAGCGGAGGAAGAGGCUGCAGGAGCUCGAGGGUCAGCUCGUGGACAUGAAGAAGAAGCUUCUCGAGCAGUCCAAACUACUGAAGCUCAAAGAGUCCUCUGUCCAGAAAGUCAGCAAGCUCAUGCAGGAGAUCCAGGCUAUGAAGACCCAGCGAACACAGCUGAUGAGACAGAUGAGGGACGACUCUGAGAAGUUCAGACACUGGAAGAGCAAGAAGGACCGGGAGGUGCUGCAGCUGAAGGAGAAGGAUCGUAAGCGGCAGUACGAGUUGCUUAAACUUGAGAGGGAUUUCCAAAAACAGGCCAACGUCCUGCGUCGCAAAACUGAAGAGGCUGCAGCUGCAAACAAGAGGCUGAAAGACGCCUUGCAGAAGAGAAGUGAGGCAGCAGAGAAGCGCAAAGAUACCCAGAACAGAGGCAUAGAGGGAGCUGCUUCAAGGGUCAAGACGUGGCUUCUGAAUGAAGUGGAGGUGAUGGUGAGCACAGAGGAGGCCCGGCGCCACCUCAACGACCUGCUGGAGGACAGAAAGGUCUUGGCUCAGGAGAUCAACCACCUCAAACAGCAGAUAGAGGCCGGGGAGAGACCCGCUCCAAAAAUCAGGCGCCGGACGCUGAUCAUCUCUGAGCUGGAGAGCCAGGGGGCGCUGGAAACCCCUCUGACCAAGCAGGUGGAGAACCUGGAGACGGAGAUGGGCCUCAGGAACGCCCAGAUAGCUGACCUUCAGCAGAAAGUUCUGGUUGCAGACGGUGAGGGGCGUUUGAAGCAGCGCGUAGACAGCAUCACAAGCAUAGUGGAUGCCAAGUGUGCCCUCAGGCUCCUGAUGUCUGAGCUGGUGUCUGCCAAAACAGCCAGCGCCAAACUGGAGAGUGAGGUGAAACAGGAGAAAGGGAAUGCACAGGAUUUAAGGAAGAUGCUGGCUGACGAGAGAAACGUGAUGUCAACCAUGGACAUGGAGCACCAGCAGCAGCUGGUAGAGCUCGAGCAGAGGCAUCAAGAGAAGGUCCUUUACCUCCUUAACCAGCUACAAAGCAAACCCAUAGGCGGCGAGUCGGACGAAACACAACAGAAAGAUGAAGAGAGUUCAAAGGAGAAGGAGCUUCUCCAGCGCCUCAAAGUCCAGGAGGAAGAGCUUGGAAAGCUACGAGAGCUAAGUGAGCAGAACCAGAAGCUGGUGGAGGAGAAUGAUAAAUACAGACAGAAACUCUCAUUACUCCACCUGGCAAGUGGGAAGAAGAUCCUCCUGCCUACAGCCAACAAUGAAAACAGUCCAGAUGACUCAUUUGAGUACAUUCCUCCUAAACCCAAAUCGAAGCGCUUCACCACAGCCAAAGCUCCGCUGAAUCAGACCAUCAACGUCGAGGAGCUGAUGUCGCCCAGCGAGGACGAGGGCGAGGAGGAAGGAGAGGAGUGGCGACCUGAGCGAGCCGAGAAGGGACGCAGGGCCUCGAAGAAAUCCAAAACAACAGGGUGUGCGUGUAAAGGUCGCUGCGGCAACAAGCAGUGCAGAUGUCGCAAAGGCAAGAUGACGUGCGGCGAGAACUGCCAGUGCGAUCACGAGAAGUGUCGGAACAUGGAAAACCUGGCGCCUGCUGAGGAUGUGAGUCACUCAGAAAGUGUUUCCAGAGACUCUGUGUCUCUUCAGGACCCCACAGCCAGCAGUCCCGACAACACCACCUUCUUCAAGCCGCCAUCUUGCACGCCCACGAAGAAGGUGCUGCAAGAAAUCGGAGACAUGGGUCACUCCACCGCAGAGCUGAAGCUGGUCAGAAAGCCCAUUCUGGCAGAGGAAGAGGAGGAGGACGACGAAGAGGAGGACAGAACGACAGUCAGCUUCCUGAAGAAGAAGAAACGAAUCCUGACGAGUUUUCAGAACAGCUUUUUCUCCGGCUGCACUCCGAUCAGAGAGGAAUCCUAACUAACGAGGACAGGAGGCCCGUCUUAAUGCUACCUGUCUGGAUGUGUGUUGAUGUGUCGUCGGUGCGGUUUCGGUCUUUUUAUUGUUUAUGUGUUUAUGCGUACUGUAACUUGAAAGUAGCCGUUGAUUGUAAAACAUUUCGUGUAGAGGGUAACAAAAGGACUGUGAAUAACUUUGAAUCGUAAACUGAAAUUCACAUCGACAUGAUCAGGAAGCCUGUAAAUAAGUUUUAUGUGUCGUUUUUUAAUCCUCGGAUAGUCGGACUAGUUCACUAAUGUGUUAUAUCUCACACACACACACACAUGUUGGGGAGCAUCUCUUUAGCUUUUCACCUGCUUUUAGUAUCAGAGCUGAAUAAAGUUUUACAGUCAAAUCUUGAUUCUCACAGAACAAACAGUUUCCCCCCUUUUUGUCUGAAUGUGCUGAAUAUCUUAGAAUUUGAAGAUGAAGAAUAAAUUAUUGUGAUCUGUCUGUUCCAAUUCAUAUUUCAUCAAAACAUUGAUACGUAGCAGAAAUCAAUUCCACUUUAAUCUUACGCUAAUGCAUGUUUGUACCUUUUGCUAAGCGUCCGUUUGUCUCUGACUGAGCAGAACGAGUGCCGAAUACAUUAGUGGUUAAUGCAUUUCCUCUGAAUCGGGUUCUCAGACCAGUGAAAUAAAACUGCUGUUUAGGAAAAGUCCAGUCACGUAAUGUCUUCAAUACUUUAAGGUCCUCGUUUUGCUGCUUUACGCUAAAUUAUUUCCCCAUCUGCUCGUAAGUCAACACAAGUCCAAAAGCUUCAACUAAAUCUAAUGUCUUUUAUUUAUAUUUUGUUCUGCAUCUCGUCGUGAACAUCUCGUCACAGGUUCCUUGCUCUUAGCGAAUCUGAAUUUUGCUGCUUCGUUUUCAGAUUUGCUUCAGGCAGAGUUUCAAGCAUUAACGACGCACCAUCGAUCAGAUCAGCACCUUUCACAUGUCCGCCAUUGUUUUUACUCUCAGAUGAAUAAAAUAGAGAAAUUAACACA